AUGGUAGCACUUGUAGAUUUGUUGCCAAAAGAAUAUGGCUUUGUAGCUAUUGUUCUUGUUAUCUAUUGCUUCCUCAAUUUCUACAUGGCCUUUCAUGUGGGCAAAGCUCGCAGGAAGUACAAAGUGUUUUAUCCAACACUCUAUGCUUCUGAAUCAGAAAACAAAGAUGCCAAGCUCUUCAAUUGUGUUCAGAGAGGGCACCAAAACUCUCUUGAAACAAUGCCCAUUUUCUUCACACUGAUGAUUUUGGGAGGGCUGAAGCAUCCAUCCAUUUGUGCUGCCCUUGGAGUCCUUUAUACUGUUGCUAGAUUUUUCUAUUUCAAAGGCUAUUCCUCCGGCGAACCCAAGAACCGUCUUAAACUCGGGGGAUUGUUUAUGCCGGCAAUAUUGGGGCUUAUGUUGUGCACACUUUCAUUUGGAUGGAGUCUUCUCAAUCAGCCUGCUGCUAGCCACUGA